AUGGGUUCAUCAGCUUCUAAACCAGAGACUAAAGUCUUCACUCCAUCAACACCAAUUGAUUUCAGUGCAUCAUUUUUGUCCCAGUUGGAAAACUCGUCGGAAUCUGAUUAUUCUCGUGCCCAAUACACUGAAAAAUAUAUUCAGGAUAGAGUUGCUGCAGAAUUAAGGAAACUAGAACAAGAAACAGUCAAAAACUUCCAAUCAGUAACAAAUGAUUCAUUAAUUCAAGACAACAAGCCGGGGUUAUCAGUCAAUGCAUCGAAUGAAAAGCUCGAAAAAUUAACCAAGAUCUUAGAAGAGAAUGUUAAGUUGGCCAAGGUUGAAGUCAGCAAAGAUGUGCAAGAAGCCAGAGGAGAAGUUAUCAAAUGUUUGAAGGAUAAUAAGGGAAAAAGCUUGAACUGCUGGGACGAAGUUGAAGCUUUCACAAAAUUAAUUAAAGAAUUAUAG